AAAGCACUAAGCCAGCGGACCCCGCCACCACCCCAGGUUUCCGGAUUCUCCACCCACUCAAAACCAUUUGCGCUCGGAACGCAAGCCCCGACAAGUUUUGGGCUCGCACCUUGUUUCGCCGUCACCUCACCAUCCAUAUAAAGAGCUCCCCACUGCUCUCAUCUUCUCCAUCCCAUCAUCACUUCACUUUAACACACACCCAUCAGAAGCAUACGAAUCGAACGGAAUCAAGUCUGAAGAUGAGCUCAACCAGCAGAACGUGGGUCGUCGCGGCCAGCGUCGCCGCCGUGGAGGCCCUCAAGGACCAAGGGUUCUGCCGGUGGAACUACGCCCUCCGGUCGAUCCACCAGCGCGCCAAGAGCCGGGCCAUGUCCUCGUUUUCUCAGGGCAACGGCAGCAACAAGCGAUCUCCUCAGUCGUCGGCCGCCGCGGCGGCUUCGAGGAGGCUAGCGGGAGAAGCGGAGGCGCGGCGGUCGGAGGAGUCGAUGAGGAAGGUCCUGUACUUGAGCACUUGGGGUCCCUAUUAGGGUUCUCCGAAUAGCAUAUAGAUCGACAAGGAAAUCGAAGUUGGUUGCUGAGAAUGAUGUAGACUGUAAAUUCAUGCUGAAAUUACAGCAAGUCAUUAUAUAUAUAUUACGUGAAACGAAUUUCCCAUUUGCAGUUGCACUAUGGCUU